CUCUAGCUGCGCAGAUUGCCUAAGAGAAUGGCACUCUGUGGAGUUUGACCCAUGAGCCCUGAUAGUGAAAAUAAUACACUUCUCACCAGAGCCACGGGAGACCGAAGGAGUAACUUCGGGCAAUUAGUUUAACUUUGACUAUAAAUAUUCCUUCUCAUUCCUUGUGACAUCGUUAACAGCUCUGCUGGCAAAUCCCGAUUCUCUGGCAAUAUUUAAGCUGCCUGUCAGUUGGCAGAGGCUUGGUGGUGCCCGGCGCAGGGAACAGAAUGAGACCCAGCUGAGCGCAAUAUAUGCAUCAAUACAAAGAAGCACUCGGCCUGCAUAAGAAACCAUGGAGACCACCAGCAGCACUCCAUCCUCUGUGACCCCCCCGUGGGAUGUGUUUCCCCAGAAGACGCUGGACUCCAUAGACAUUGCUGUUCUUGUGCUGUACUUCAUAUUUGUCCUCGUGGUUGGGCUGUGGUCCAUGUGGAAGACGCAGCGCAGCACUGUAAAAGGCUACUUUCUAGCUGGAGGACAGAUGGUUUGGUGGCCUGUGGGCGCAUCCCUGUUUGCCAGCAAUGUUGGAAGUGGCCACUUCAUCGGCCUGGCUGGGUCGGGAGCCGCCUCGGGAAUUGCCGCGACAGCCUACGAGUGGAAUGGGAUGUUUUGUGUUUUGGUGCUGGCCUGGCUAUUCCUUCCGAUUUACAUAGCAGCAGGAGUUACUACCAUGCCAGAAUACCUGCAGAAACGUUUUGGAGGCAAAAGAAUUCAGAUGUUCCUGGCGAUUCUCUACUUGUUCAUCUAUAUCUUCACCAAAAUAUCAGUCGACAUGUAUGCUGGGGCCCUCUUCAUUCAGCAAGCCUUACACUGGGACCUCUAUAUCGCCGUGGCAGGCCUGCUGGCAAUCACGGCCGUUUACACUGUCGCGGGUGGCCUGGCAGCUGUGAUAUACACAGAUGCUCUGCAAACUCUAAUCAUGCUGAUCGGGGCUGUGACUCUCAUGGUCUUCAGCUUUGUUGAAGUUGGUGGUCUUGAAGGUUUGCAGACAAAAUACUUCGAUGCCAUUCCCAGCACCCGCAAGGAAAACAGUAGCUGUGGCUUGCCAAGAGAAGAUGCUUUUCACAUUUUCCGAGACCCUGUUCACUCUGACCUUCCCUGGCCAGGAGUUUUGGUGGGAAUGACCAUUCCAUCCCUGUGGUACUGGUGUACAGAUCAGGUCAUCGUUCAGAGGUCCCUUGCUGCUAAAAAUCUCUCUCACGCCAAAGGAGGCUCCUUGAUGACCUCUUACUUGAAAAUUUUGCCCCUCUUUAUGAUGGUGAUGCCGGGCAUGAUCAGUCGGAUUCUCUUCCCGGAUCUGGUGGCUUGUGCAGAUGCAGAAAUUUGCCGAAAAAUCUGUGGCAACCCAUCUGGCUGUUCGGAUAUUGCUUAUCCUAAGCUGGUCAUAGAACUUCUGCCUGUAGGACUCAGGGGCCUGAUGAUGUCAGUGAUGAUAGCAGCUCUCAUGUCCUCCCUGACUUCCAUCUUUAAUAGUGCCAGCACCAUUUUCACCAUGGACCUCUGGAAACACUUCCGUCCUCGUUGCUCUGAGUGGGAACUCAUGAUUGUUGGCAGGGUCUUUGUGUUGCUGCUCACUGUGGUCUCCAUCCUGUGGAUCCCACUGGUACAGGCUGGCCAGGGAGGGCAGCUCUUUAUUUACAUCCAGUCGAUCAGCUCCUACCUGCAGCCCCCUGUGGCAAUGGUGUUUAUACUGGGUUGCUUCUGGAAAAGAGCAAAUGAAAAGGGCGCGUUCUGGGGCCUGGUGUUUGGGCUGCUGCUGGGCGUCAUUCGGCUGGUGCUGGACUUCAUCUACCCAGAGCCCCAGUGCGGGGAGACCGACCUCCGACCAGGCGUGGUGAAGUACAUGCACUAUCUCUACUUCUCCAUGGUCUUGGCCGUGAUCUCCACGCUCACUGUGCUGGUCGUGAGCAUGCUCACAGAACCCCCCUCGGAAGAAAUGAUAAGUCGGCUUACCUGGUUCACACGUGGGGAUCUACCAGUCAAGAAAGACCUAGCAGUCAGCCCUUCCCCUGAUGCUGCAAAAGGAGUGUGUGAAGCUGAGCGUCCAGCUCUCCAGAUUGAUAUAAGCAUUGCUUCUGAAAAUAGUUCAAAUGAUAAUAAAUGUACAACUAACACCAAAGGGAAGUCGAAGCUGAUGACCACUUUUCUGUGGCUCUGCGGGAUGGAGCGCAAACAGGAAAACGCCGAGAACGCGGCACCAACUAAACCCGAGCCGCUUCCCAUGGCUUCCCUGGAGGAGAAACCGCUGGUGAAACAUGUCCUGAACAUCAACUUGCUAUUAUGUGUAUGUGCUGGGCUCUUUCUCUGGGCCUACUUCGCAUAGCAGUUGGGCUAUUCGAUUCCAGAUGACAUCAACUAAUUUUAAUUGGUGUAAAUAAUAAUAAUUAGCAGAGGGUUAAUGUAAUUCUUAAUGCUUUCUAAAUUUUAUUUAAGAAGACAGACCCUCCUCCCUAAUCCUUUCCUUAUUUCUAAUGGGGGCCUGGCUGUGAAAGGUGCUGAGCGCUCGGCACCAUCACCGUCAGACCCGCACUGGCAACAACAAGAUGGGUGUAAAGAGCUCAGGCAGGCAGCUAGGCAGAAGAGGUUUGUUUGGUCAUUUUAAAUAUUUAAUUACGCUCUUUGGGGUUAGAGCACUGCCUGGAAUUCAGGAAAUCUGGAUUCCCUUCCUAUUUAUGCCUCUAUAACCAGCUACAACCACUUGGUUCCCCUUUGGUUCAGCUCCUCUACCCUCCAGGGCUGAGUAACCCCUCCAAGUGCCCGGCGGAGGGCCGAGGCCUCUCGUCCGUGCUCCGUCGGAGCAGCGAGCCGUGCCCCGCUGGCUCAGCCGUGCCCGUUUAGCUUCCUCCGUCAGUGCGGCGGGCAGAAGCGUCUGUGCAAUUAGCGCUCACGGGCCCGCCGCCGCUUCUGGGCGACGUUAGCGCUCGGGGCCUGCCCGCCUCGCAACCUCCCCUCGCGGCGCUGCGAUGGCGGGGCCGGCCAGCCGGCCGACGCCAGCGCCCAGUGUGGAAACUGCCCCAAAACUGUCAUCGGGGGCACCCGAAGGAACCCAACCAGCCCAAACCCACUGGGUGCUGCCAGGGAAGAGGUGUCCGGCGGCACCCCCUCGCCUGCCGGGGAGGGCCGGGCACCCCGCAGCCAUUCCGCCAGCACUCCCAACGCCAAGACCCUCGACCACCUUCCACCUGGCUUUGUGUAGCUGCAGAUAAACUUAUUAAAAGAGCGAGAGCUGCU